AUGGCUCUGCCGCGUCCGCUGGCUCAGGGCAGCCCGGAGGUGGCGCUGGUCACCUGGGAAGAAGGAGUUUGCCUGUCCGAGGUCAUCCGGCGGCCGUUUACGGCGAGCAGCAUGGAGGACAGCGAGAUCGCCGCGCGGAUGACAGCUGCGAAGAUGCUUGCCAGGGUGUUCUGGAAGCUCCUCUUUCGUCACCGCAUCGCACUGGGUGGCCUCUGCGCAGGCAAUGUCCUGCUGCGAACCGCCAUGGAUGACGAGGAUCAUUACCAGGUAGUUCUCCUUCGUUGUGGUCUCUGCCGCCAGGUGGACCAGGCCACUGUUGACGAUGUGCGGGAGAUUGCCUCUGCUGUGCACAGAGGUGCAUCCCCUAGGGAGCUCGGGGAGCUGUUCUUGAGCCGAGUCCACGGGCGAGCCGGCGGCCGGCCGGAGGAGGUUGUGGACCCUGAGGGCUUUUACUCCAGCAUUGCCAGUCUACUGGGGCUCACCUGCCUGGCAGAGAGUGGCGGAAGCGGCGUGACGCAGCCGCUGCGCGGAGCGCUGCUCCUUCACCGGGGCCUGGAGAAACUCCGGAGCCACGGAGUCCGUGCGAGCGCCGCCCAUUUGCAAGUGGCCACUGCGGCGGUAGCCGCUCAUGGUGUUUGCUCCCGUCUGGAUCCCUUCAGUGACGGCUGCCUUUAUGAGGCACUCCUGGAGGUGGAGGGCGGCAAGUUCUGA